AAGGUAUCAGAUUAAAGAUUUAGAAUUCCGGUUAAUAAUAUUUUUUUUUUGCAUUAUAGAGCUACUUACAAGUAAUAUUAAUUCACAAAUAUUUAUUUGUAAGGUGUAAAAACAUAAAAAUGCAUUAGUUUGACAGUCUCUUACAAAUUUAUGUCGUUCGUGGACAAUACACAAAACGUUUUACAUUUAUUAUACUUAUAUCCAACUAAAAUUGAGUGUUUUCUUUUUUUUUAUAAUCUAAAAUUUAGUCAAAAAGUUAGACGUGAUAACUAAAUACAUAAACACCAAAUAAAUAACAUGCGUUUUUUUAUUUUUUCUCAAACAGAAACCUAACAUUUCUCUAAUCACAUUUAUUUUUUUUAAUACAAAAAUACAAUUAUGUAUGGUGAAAUGAAUAAUAAUGCAAUAGCGUUACCAUUACACUACCAACGUGUUGUGCAAGCUAUUAAUAUUAAACCGUACUUAAACUAUGUUGAAAACAUUUUCAGAACUCCUUUAGGCGAGGAUUCUAGCGACACUGAUCUAGAUGGAGAUUUUAGUGAUCUUGAAACUCCAGAAGAACGUAUGGCUGACCGUACUCGACUCUAUAAUUUAUCUAAUGUUGGAGAUGAUCGUUUAUGGUUACAAAGUCUCCUCCUCAACAGUGAUGACUCUGACGAUCCAGAUGAUAGAUUGACUGAAGAUGAUCUAAAAAAUAUGUUAAAAAUGCAUUUAUUUAAGAAAAAGUGUCAACAACAAUUUGAAACUGCUAAAAAUAAAAAUCGCUGUCGAUAUUAUAGUUCUGGUUUGUUAUCAAAUUUCGACAAAUAUCAAACUAGGGCUGAGAAAAAAAGUGUUCAAAAAACUAAGGCAUCUAAUAUCAGACAUAAACACAAAGUAUAUACAAAAAAUAGCUCUGAAAAUGAUAAAAAACUUACCAAACGUAAAACACGAUCUUUAAGUCCUACUGCUAAAACAUUGAAACUUGAAAAAAAGAAAGCUUUAUUAGAAGCAAAAUCCGCUCAGGUUAUACUGAUGAAAAGAAAAAAAUUAUGGUUACAUAUGGCUAAAAAAGAAAUGGGAAAAGUGCAUAGAAUGAAGAAUAAUAACCAUAAAGAAAUACUGAUAACUUGUCGUCGGACAGCUCAGUCUUGUAUGAAGCAUCUUCGCCAAAAGGCCAUUCAAAGUCAAAAAAAUAUGAAAGAAAAUGUGUGGCGUGCCAAACGUCUGACUCGUGAAAUGUUAACCUAUUGGAAAAAAUAUGAUCGCAAUGAAAGAGAGACGCGCAAAAAACAGGAAAAAGAAGCCGAAGAACAAAGAAAAAUGGAUGUAGAAUUAAUGGAAGCCAAACGCCAACAAAGAAAACUUAAUUUCUUAAUAACACAAACAGAGUUAUAUGCACAUUUUAUGUCAAAGAAACUUGGACAAAGUUCUGCAGAAGAACAGUUACGAAUUCUAAACCAGCUAGAUGAAGAAAAAAUACCUAGAUUAAUGCAUAUUGAAAAUUAUGAUAGUGAAGUAAUGAAAGAUAAAGCAUUACAAAAUACUCAAAAUGCAUUAGAUGCUCAUGUACGUCAAGCUACUGAGUUUGACGAUCCUGAUUUAAAAAUCAAUACUCCUCCUCCAAAUGAAGAACGUCCUCAACCAACAAUAUUUCAGGGUAGUCUUAAAAUUUAUCAAUUAAAAGGAAUGAACUGGCUUGCAAAUCUCUAUGAUCAAGGAAUAAAUGGAAUAUUGGCUGAUGAAAUGGGUUUAGGAAAAACUGUCCAAUCUAUAGCUUUUUUAUGCCAUAUUGCGGAAACUUAUCGUGUUUGGGGUCCAUUCUUAAUCGUUUCGCCGUCGUCUACUCUUCAUAAUUGGCAACAAGAAAUUGCAAGAUUUGUUCCUGCGUUUAAAGUUGUUCCUUAUUGGGGAAAUCCACAGGAAAGAAAAAUAUUGAGGCAAUUUUGGGACCAAAAAGGGUUGCACACUGAAGAAGCUAGUUUCCAUGUAGUCAUUACGAGCUAUCAAUUGAUUGUCAGUGAUUUUAAGUAUUUCAACCGUAUCAAAUGGCAAUAUUUGGUUCUUGAUGAAGCUCAAGCCAUUAAAAGUGCAAACAGCGUACGUUGGAAAUUAUUGCUGACAUUCAGAUGUCGUAACCGCCUGUUAUUGACGGGUACACCAGUGCAGAACAGCAUGGCUGAACUCUGGGCCUUAUUGCAUUUUAUUAUGCCAACAAUGUUUGAUUCGCACGAUGAAUUCACCGAGUGGUUCUCUAAAGAUAUUGAGAGUCAUGCCGAAAACAAAACUGGGAUUGAUGAAAGACACUUGUCUAGAUUACACUUGAUUUUAAAACCUUUUAUGUUACGACGAAUAAAAAAAGAUGUGGAAAAUGAGCUCUCAGACAAAAUUGAAAUACUCAUGUAUUGCCCUUUAACUUCACGUCAAAAAAUGUUGUACUCCGCUUUAAGGAAAAAAAUUCGCAUAGAAGAUUUGUUGCAUUCAGCCGGCUCAUAUCAAUCGUCUCCCAAUGUAACAUCAAACCUAAUGAACUUAGUAAUGCAAUUCAGAAAAGUGUGUAAUCAUCCGGAAUUAUUCGAAAGAAGAGAAGCAAGGUCACCAUUUACUUUUCACUCUGCAGAAUAUAUAGUUCCAAAAUUAAUCUACUUUGAUAACUCGGAUAGAUUUAAUUAUUUAAAGAGACAACAUAUAUUCGCCAACAAGUUUUGUAUAUUUAAUGUAGAAUAUUUGCACAACAGUUGUUUUUCCAGAGAUAAUGAUAAAGGAUUAAAUACGUUUUCAUUCAUGAGGCUUUUGAAACUUUCAGCUACCGAACUCAAUCAAUUAGUCAAUAAAGGAUUAAUGUAUAAGUUAUUGUACGUAUUAAUACAACAGAAAAUUAACAAUUUGAUACGAGAAAAAAUAUUUUGGGGUGACAACAGUAUCGUGUGGCCAUUUGUUGGAGAUAAUGUUCCAAAAAAGUUCAAAUUUGUUACGCCAAUAAUUAAUGACUGCACAAUUACUCAUACAACACACAUUUACCAUCACAUGUAUGAGACUAUGGAACAUAAAUUACAUCGUGUUAAACAAGCCAACUCUGAGCUAAAUAUAACAUUGGAAAGUAUUGAAAGUAAAUCGACAAACGGCUAUAACAACACCAGAACAUCGCAAAUACUUGAAUGUUGGCCCACACAAUUGCCGUCAUUUGUGUAUUUCUAUUCUCCAAAAGUGGCAACAAAAGGUCGAGCGAUAUGGGUUACCGGAAGCAGGUCGGCCGCUUAUGAAUGGCAAAGACACGAAAUGUGCGAUUCGCCCGAAGGAAAAAAUUUGCUGACAAACGGUCAUCCGGACUUUAGCUAUAACCAAUGGUCUUGUGAAAAUGUCGGAGGAAUUAAUGCACUUAGACCUAACAAUGGGUGGUUCCACAUUAGUAUACCAGACAAACAAAGCUUGGUUACCGAUUGUGGAAAAUUAACAAUAUUGGAUAAUUUACUUACUCAACUUAAACAAGAAAACCACAGAGUGUUAAUUUACUCACAAAUGACCAGAAUGAUUGAUAUUCUAGAGGAAUAUAUGUGGUAUAAAAAACUAAGGUAUAUGCGACUUGAUGGAUCUUCAAAAAUAUCAGAGAGACGAGACAUGGUUGCAGAUUUUCAAAAUCGAUCAGACAUAUUUGUGUUUUUAUUGAGCACCAGAGCUGGAGGGCUAGGUAUAAAUUUGACAGCUGCCGACACUGUUAUUUUUUAUGAUAGCGAUUGGAAUCCAACAGUUGAUCAACAAGCCAUGGACAGAGCUCAUAGACUUGGUCAAACCAAACAGGUCACUGUGUAUAGGCUGAUAACGCAACACUCUAUUGAAGAAAGAAUUCUACAAAGAGCUAAAGAAAAAAGUGAAAUUCAAAGAAUGGUAAUUAGUGGCGGCAACUUGAAACCAGACACUCUGAAACCAAAGGAAGUUGUAUCGUUACUCUUGGACGACGAUGAAAUUGAAAGCAAAUAUCGUCAAAAACAAGAAGAACGCCGACAAUUAGAAGAGACAAGAGCUGAGGGUUCUAAAGAGAAAGACCGCAAAAGAAAACAGGAUAAUAUCAAAAUUGAGAAUUCUCCUAAAAUAAAAAAACCUGAUGAAGGAACGUCAACCGAUGAACUUCCAUUAAGUCCACGAAGCGAAAGCAGUUUUGUUCAUGACGAAACUGGCAGUGAAACAACUAUUGAGCAAGACGAUUCUCCCACAAAAUCAUCGCCAAGAACUCCGACUUCAGCAACCAAACGUGGUCGUGUAGGACGUAGAAAUCGGCCUUCGAUUACGCCCGGUAAUUUGGUUUCCGGUGAUGAUAACUCUAGAAAAAAAAGACUUAUUAUAGCCAAGCGAGGACCAGGUCGACCGAGACAAAAAACUUCGGUUCCGUCUAAUUUGGGUUUUACUAGAGGUACAUCAAAAAAGUCUUGAGUCUUGACUAUUACUAUUUAUUACAGUAAUAGUGUGUUACAGUGUCUUUCUUUUUUAUCAUUAUAUGUAUAGUUUUUAUGUUCGGUUGAUAGUCAAUACAUUUUCAAAUAUUAAAGUCAUAAUGUAUGUUCAUGUAUGUUUAAGCUUUGUAAAUAUGACACACUUAUAACUGGUUUUUUUUUAUAUAUAUAAUAUUUUGAACAAACUGU